AAAAAAAAAAAAAGUUUUAAAGUCCUGGGUAGGGGGACAUUAAGGAAGGAAGAAUGGGAGUCAGAAAGGCAUGCAGAGAAAUUGAGUUAGCCAAGUUAAAAAGUGAUCUAGGCCAGUUCUUAAAAGAGCAACAGGUGUUUGCUGGAGAGUAGGCUUUAAGUUCUUGGCAGAGAGCAAAGCAUCGACAGGCCUGGGCACCUUGCUGUUUCAAGGAACUGAUCCCUUGAGUGGUGAGGCAGAAAACCCAGGCCGCCUCCCCGGACCUUCCCCUUAACCCCGGGCCCCACGCUUCCAACCUGACCCGGGUCCCUCCAUCCCUAGAUCGAGAAAAUCAAGGCGGAACAGAGCAAGCAGCCGCCCACCCCGCUGCUGGGGCGCAAGUUCUUUGGGGACCCCACGGAACUGGCGGCCAAGGCGGCGCCCCUGCUGAGGCCAGGGGGCUAUGAAAGGGGCUUGGAGCCCCUGGCCCGCCGGGCCUCGGACACGCUGUCGGCCGAGGUGCGGACCCGGGUGGGGUACGUGCGCCAGGAGCUCAAGCCCGAGCGCCUCCAGCCGCGCAUUGACCGGCUGCCGGAGAUCCCGGGGAGGGUGGAGCCCGCAGCCCCGCCGGCCGCACCACAGGAGGCGGCGGAGACCCCCGCGACCCCCGCGGCCCCCGUGGUGGCGGAGCAGGUCCGGUCGCGGCUGGAGCGCCAGGAGUCAGCUGAUCGCGCGGAGGAGCUGCCCAGGAGGCGGCGGCCCGAGAGGCAAGAGUCGGUUGAUCAAUCAGAGGAGGCUGCGCGGAGGCGGCGGCCGGAGCGGCAGGAGUCAGCGGAGCACGAGGCGGCACACAGCCUUACCCUGGGCCGCUACGAGCAGAUGGAGCGACGGCGCGAGCGGCGUGAGCGGCGCUUGGAGCGGCAGGAGUCCAGUGAACAGGAGAUGCCCAUCAGAGGAGACCUGGUCAAGGGGAAGGCCACCCUGGCUGACAUUGUGGAACAGCUGCAGGAGAAAGAGGCAGGCCCAGGGCUGCCUGCUGGGGUCGUGGAUGAGCCUGUACUGUGUGCUUAGUAAGGGGGAACUGGGCUUCUACAAGGACUCCAAGGGCCCGGCAUCUGGGAGCACACACGGUGGGGAGCCGCUGCUCAGCCUGCACAAAGCCACCAGUGAGGUGGCUAGUGACUACAAGAAAAAGAAGCAUGUCUUCAAGCUCCAGACCCAGGAUGGCAGUGAAUUUUUGCUCCAGGCAAAAGAUGAGGAGGAGAUGAAUGGCUGGCUGGAGGCUGUGUCUGUCUCAGUGGCGGAACACGCAGAGAUCGCCCGCUGGAGCCAGACACUACCCACUACUUCAUCCACAGACGAAGGCAAUCCCAAGAGGGAAGGCGGAGACCGCAGGGCCAGUGGGCGCAGGAAGUGACUUCCCAUUCCCAUGGCCUGACACAUCUCGUCGCCCCUCUUUUCCGCACUGUGGGCACAAAGACACUUUUUUUUCCACAGGGGCGGGAGCCCCUAGUUCCAACACUGAGGACGCGUGACAUGGUGGGCACUGGAAAGGAGGGGACUUCUCCUGCACCCCAAGAAUUGGUGGGGAGAUUGCUGCCCCUAUAGCCAUAUUUCGGCCCCUUCCCACUCACCACCCCCACCCCAGGUGCUGGGGCUCCCUUAUUUUUAUGCAAUAACUGAGCUUGAUGGGGGUGGGCAGGGGGCCAGUUGAGCCAAGCCCCCUGCCCCUAUCUGCAGAUCCUGCCCCAAGAAGCUGGGGUGGUGGGGGCGAUAAAUCCUGCCCCCCUUUCCGCCCUAGGGAUGGGCAUGGGGGCGCUGGUGAGGUCCCCUGGACCAUCCAGGGUGCUAGGGGGUAGGGAGGGGACACCCCCUCCCCGCCUUUACCUCACUUCCAAUGCUGCCUUGAUCUCUGUCUGGGAGGGGGGAGUUAAGGGGCCUUAGCCCCUGCACUCUGCCGCCUCAGAGCCAUGCGGUUAAUUCCUGACUUAGUUUAUUUUUGCAAAACGUCGACCUCCUCCUCCCCCGCCCCGCAUCCGCGAAGGCUUUUAAUGGGAGGAGCGUCAAAGCUCAAAACUGUUCCUCUCUCCUCCCCCCUCCAGUUGUAAAUGCCACUUCAUGAGGGGAGGGGCGAGGGGAAGCCCUCCCCCUGCAUGCUUCUGGCUGGAGCACCUCCCUGGGGAGUGGGGGGACUGGGUUGUGGGCAGCCCCCAUGGCCGCCUGGAGAAGCCGCUGGGGCCCGGGAGUGUGGGGCGGUGUGACGGGCGCACACUGUAUGUACCUAUAAUAAACCCUUUGGCUUUGACGG